UGUCUCCCUACGACACCGAGUCUUUGUGUGGGUAUAUAAGGCACGAACAGCGCGUAUCAGGUACCAGUCUCCCGGCCGUAUCAGGUGAGUGGCUGUGGUCAAGAUGAGGGUGCUUGUGGUAACUACCUUGGUGGUGGCGGCGGCGGCUGAGAACUUCUACCGUCUCCCCUCCCCCUACACUUACUCCUGUAAGGAGAGCCGCUGCGUCAAGGAGGAACGCAGCCACGCCAGGGAGCAGCGUUCCCUGGAGCAAUGCCAGCUGACCUGUGGCAAGUAUGGCUCUCUGUGGCCACAGCCCACAGGGGAGGUCCAGCUGUCGCCAGAGACGGUCCACUUCACCCCUAGGAACAUGAAGGUGACCAAGCUCACGGUGUCUGGACAGAAAGUGUCAGAGAUGCUGGAAGAGGCCACCCGACACUUCACCCGCAACAUCCACUUCCUCCACCCAGACUUCCCUGAGGAGAAGAAGAGGCCGCUCACCAAGGAACACCUCGCUAACAUCAACAUUGGUGGCUAUAAUGAACAGCAGCAGCAGCAGCAGUUCAGUCAACAAACGGAGAACAAACCCGGAGAUAUCAACGAACAUAACACCGCUUCCGCCAUAAUACAUACACCAAAAGAGUACGUGAAGUUCUCUCCCUUCCUGAAGGAGAGGAGCAGCCCCAGGAUAGAGCGCCACAGAGUCAACAUAGAGAUCACCGUCACAUCCCCAGAAGACAAACUCACACUCGACACUGAUGAGAAGUACACUGUGGACAUUCAGACUGCUGGGGAACAAACACAAGUUAAGAUUCAAGCAACGACCUACUAUGGUGCCCGCCACGCCCUGGAGUCUGUGUCUCAGCUCAUCGCCUACGACGAUGUCAACAAUGCUCUCCAGAUCGUCCAGAAGGCCACAAUCCAGGACGAACCCAAGUUCAAGUACCGCGGCUUUAUGUUGGACACUGGUCGUAACUUCUACCCGAAGGAGGACCUGAUGCGUCUAAUGGACGCCAUGUCCUACAACAAGAUGAACUACUUCCACUGGCACAUCACCGACGCCGCUUCCUUCCCCUUGUACUCCAACCGUCGCCCAGAGAUGGCUUACUACGGGUCCUACUCCCCAAGAAAGGUCUACUACCCAGAAGACAUCACCGAGAUCGUUCAGUACGCCAAGCUCCGCGGUAUCAGCGUGAUCCCUGAGUUAGACGGUCCCGCCCACACCUCUGCUGGCUGGCAAUGGGGCGAAAAGGAAGGCAAGGGCAACCUGGUCCUGUGUACCGGCAAGGAGGAGCCAUGGUUCAACCUGGGCACGGAGCCACCCAGCGGUCAACUCAACCCCGUCAACCCCGAAGUGUACAACGUCCUCGGAGAACUGUACAGUGACAUGCUCCAGUACUUCGACCCCGAGAUGGUGCACAUGGGAGGUGAUGAUGUGAGCUUCAAGUGCUGGGAAGGUGCCACCGAAAUCAAGGAAUACUUGGCUUCCAACGCCCGUGAACCAAGCACUCAGCAAUACAUGGAACUGUGGAACCUGUACCAAAACAACGCUUUCUCCAAGCUGCAGGAGGCAGCUGGUCAGGCACAAAAUAUCACUCCCAUCAUCCACUCCUCCUCCUUCGCCAGCCAAUACAUCGAUAAGAACAGCUACAUCAUCCAGAUCAACGAGGCUGCCACUGAUAAAAUAAUUGCUGAUUACGUCAAUAAGGGUCACAGGAUUAUCCUUUCUAACCAAGAUCAGUGGAGACUGGACUGCUCUGGCUCGAUCUGGGUUGGAGACAAGACUCAGAACUGUGCACAAGACAUCCCCACCUGGGAGCACUUCUACAACAACAGCCCACUGGAUAUACUUUACAAUCUGGGCCUGACCAACGCCCGCAGUGAUGUUAAACAACAGACCAGUGACGUCAACCCCCGAGACUUGGUACUUGGAGGAGAAGCUACACUGUGGAGCUCCGAGACUGAUGCUAAUGGCCUUCAGGCCAAGACUUGGCCCCGCGUCUCCGCCAUGGCUGAACGUCUGUGGUCUGACCCAACCCUGCCAGUCCAAGGUCUUGACACAACCCAGAAGCGUCUCAACACCCACCGCCAGCGUAUGGUGUUCCGCGGCAUUCACGUUGACCCCAUCCAGCCAGAGUACUGCAUGCAAGACGAGAGUGCCUGUUACAGCCAGGAGCAGUACCUCGCCCGCUCAACCAUCCCCGCCUAAUAGGCGCUUGAAGCAACUUAAUCCGUUGUUUUAACAUUCCAUUCUCCAUGCAAGAACAAGUUUUGGAUCUCGAAUGUAAGUUAUCUCAGAGUGGGUUAGCCUCUUGAGGUUAGCAGCCAUAUGAACAAAAAUCUGGUACAAAAUGUUUACUUUGUGACCGAGGGAAUAAUACAUGUAUGUUGUUGUUGACGUCUGUGUAGAGCAUCAGUAUACAGUGUGUCCUCCUUCCUCUACACUCACAGCAGUAAAUGACCUUGUCUGGAUUACAAAAUAUUGUCGCUUAAUAACUCACUUCUUAUGGGUCACUGGUCACUACAUCACUCAUCAACAAUUUGCUCACCAAAGAUCGAAUCUGAUGUGAUGCAAUUUCAAUAAUAAAAAGAUUGAAAAUUA